ACUCUCAGGACGACCCCUCCCACAGCGACAUGCAACCCGAACCUGCAGGUGAGCAGUUCAGCCAGCGGCUUCCCUGUCCCCCCCUCACACUCUCGGCGGAUUAUCUGCGACGCACUUCACUCCCAAAUGGACGAAGUUGCCUGUAGGAUUUUUAGGAUUCACAUACGGGACGUGAUCCCGCGUCGCGUCCGGAGAGCGCGUCUGGACGAGAGGACAGAGGAGCUGAGGGUGUGAACAGGCAGCGGUGAGGGCGUGAGAUCAUAAAAGCCGUCCAUUAUCAGAGGCUUGUAAACCUGACAUGUGUACACCCAGUGAAACAGUGACCUGAGAUCCCACCUUGAGGGAAAACCAGGAUGCGUCCCAUUGCAUCACAGCGUUUAGGUGUGACGAAUGUCGGAGGCAGCCGCUGUGACCCUGCUGCGGCAGCCUUGCUGCUCCUCCUGUGUCUUGGCUUCCUUCCCUCUGUGGCGGCUUGCCCAUCUUACUGCCUUUGUGCCAGUGAUAUCAUUUCCUGCAGUGGCCGCAAUCUGUCGGCACUGCCCUUUGAUCUCCCAAACUAUGCCACACGGUUGGACCUGAGCCACAAUGCCCUCUAUGCCCUGCCAACGGAUUGGAUUCUCCAACCAUUUGACCGACUCACCACAUUGGUCCUAAGUCGAAACUCCAUAAGCCAAAUUGAGGUGAAUGCUUUCAUUCUCACUCCACAUCUCCUCCAUUUGGACCUCUCAUCCAACCAACUGACAGUGCUGAACUUGUCCAUCUUCACUGGGUUGAAGGAACUAAAAGAACUACUGCUGUUUGACAACCAGAUUGUCCAGAUCAACCCAGGAGCCUUCAGUGAUCUUCACAGCCUGCAGAAGCUCUACCUCUCUGGGAACAGACUGACGACUUUUCCCCUAGGGAUUUACUGGGAACCUGGAGGGCCUCGUAACCUGACCUUUCUCGAUCUGUCCUACAACAAGCUCUCUAAGGUGUCUGUCCAGAGUCUGCUGUCUGUCACCCGCCAUGGGGGAAUUUAUUUACAGGAAAACCCAUUGGUCUGUGACUGUGCUUUACUCGCCUUGCUUGAGUACUGGAUGUGGAAACAGUAUCGCCCCCUGGUGGAAUUCAGAGGUGAAUACCCAUGUAAGGGCAAUUCAGGACCAGGGCCUUUAUGUAGCCAGCAGGGAGUGUCGGAUAUUCCCAUUGAGGCACAGACUUACCAAGAAGAGCCUGGUAAAAGGUUGAGAGUGCCAUGCCCAGGAUUGGCUUCUUCAACCCAGGAGGGGCAGGUGGUGUUCUGGGUUACCCCAAGGACUGUAGUCAAUUCAUCAACCAAUGAUCCCAGCGCCCACUUAAUAGUUCUCCCCAAUGGCACCCUUGAAAUCCGAGGAGCACUUCUGGAGGAUUCAGGUACAUAUGGUUGCGUGGCAGCCCGCCGGCGAAUCUAUGAACAUUCCGAGACUGUAGAGGUCAAUGUGGUGGUCGGAAACUUGAGCACUGUCUCUGCCAGUGGCUUGGCGCAUCGCAGUGGUGCAGAGCAUUUCAACACUGCGUUCACCACCCUCGCCUCCUGUGUGGUCAGCAUCGUAUUGGUGCUGCUUUACCUCUACCUCACCCCCUGUCGCUGCAGAGAAAGCCGGGCUGGAUCAAGAGGGUGCGGCGGACGAGCCAUUAUCCUCUGUUCAGACCCCAGAGAAGUGGACUCAGGACAACGGCGGUCAAACGGAAAGAGGGUGGCUUUCUUAGAGCCUCAGGCAGAGGACUCUGAUAUUGGCAGCCCAAAAACACCAGCAAUGAACUUGGGUCAUGUUACCACUGAGGGAAUUCUCAAGAAUGGAAGUAGGACAGUGGGACAGACCCUCACAGACCCUGCUCACAUGGCAUAGCAAGAAAAUUAGCUUUAACACUCCUGUAUCCUUUCAGUCUGAACCCAAGUGUUUUUUUUUUCACUGUCUUCAAUAUGAAAUGAAAAAAUCCAUUUGAUGUAAAGUCGUGUACUGUUUCUGAUUCCUGUGAAGUACUUAUACACUGUAGGGUUUGGGUUGUUGUAGGCAGAAUUUCAAUUAUGUCUCGACUGUAAGUGGUAUCUGUUUUUUAUAUUAUGGAAAUUUCGCAGGUACCGUGGGGAAAUUGCUCCCGCAAAGAUCACAAAGAUGAUAUAAAUGUGGGUGGCUUUUUAAGUUGGGCCAAGAGGAAUAUUCACACCUGGUUUGAUAAGCUGCUGGAGGCAUUCAUGGUUAAUAUACAGUAGUUGAAUUGUGAAUACAGCCAUCAAGGAGUCCCUUGUUGUUUUCAACCAUCUGUCUCCUACUGUGAUGCAUAUCAUUAUCAAAAUACGGCAGUCAUACCUAUUAAAUCAUCUGCAUUUUGAUGUUUUUCAGAUCAAACUGUAUCUACCCCACAUUAUCCUCAAAUUAUGAUGAGCAAAUAUAACCCUGUGAAAGUUCUUUUAGAAAAUUAAAAAACAAUACACAGUGAGACAUGUACAGUAGUAGCCUAUGUUGUGUUUAGUGUGUUUAGUAGGACAAAAAUGCAUUUUAUGAACUCAAAUUUGGUGAAAUUCUCUUAUGAGGGUGGUUCACUCACUUCCCUAUAGUGGUAUCUAGCUAAUUAAAUAGAUUCAGCUUUAUUUUCUCAGGUUUUAAGAUCUGUCUCUUAGAUUUCUGUCUCCACCCCAAUACAAUUAAAAGGAACUAUUUGUAAGUUUUGCUAUUGCUACAUAGCCAACGUUAACAUUAACAGCUGUUUAGU